AUGGGGGACAAGGCUUUGCCCGACUUGGAACACCUUUGGUUCUACAACACUUUGCUUCUAGCGACCUGGAUCUUUCUCUGGUUCUGGAGGAUGAGUCGCGCAGAGUGGAAAGGAUCAGAGGGUGGACUCCAGAAUUGGGAGGAAGAAGAUCUACCACCCCUGGAGCCGAUUCCAGAGAUGCAGAGCCCAGAUGAAGACACCCAGUUCACGGACCCAGCUCACGGACACCCAGAGGAAGCUCCAGAUCCUUUGAGCCCGAGCCGCAGUGAAGUGAAGGUGGCUUGGAGCAAGCUUCAGGCAGGUCUGACUGCGGCCAAAGAGCUGCUAGCAGCUACUCAGUGGGGCUAUAGGCAAGAAGAAGAGGAUGUGGAGGAGGAGGAGGGCAAGCUUCUUGAGCCUGAGAUUGACAACAACUCCGCCGAAUGGGGCAACAUGGCACGAGCGAAGACCAAGGAAGCCGAAGAACAAGGUGAAGCGUCAGAGCGACAGAACGAUGCCUUCAUCCCAUCGAACCUCAUCUUUACGCCCGACGAAUACGACGAGUGGCAGAGCGACGAUGAGAUCUUCAUACCUUCGAACCUGGUCUUUCGGGAAGAAAACAGAGAGUUCUCAGUUCCACCGGGCUCUGGAAGCACGAAAGGUGCCGAGGACAGAACAGACGCCCAAGAAGCCAGCUUAACAGCACAACAGGCAGAACGGGGUUCUAUGGAACCCUCACAUGCCGAAGAAGGCAGCGUGACAGCACAACAGGCAGAACAAGGUUCGAAGGAACCCCCAGAAGCCGAAGAAGUCAGGCAAACAGUAGAACUGGCAGAGCAAGGUUCCAAGGAACUCUCAAAAGCCAGCCUUUUUGACGCUGAGAUUCACAACAAUCCUUCAGGUGUCUUUGGCAACCAUGUGGCCAAACGUGAGUUGUGGUUACCUCAACCACUAGAAGAUUGCAACAAGGCGACCAAGUUACAGCGACUUCAGUCAGCAGUGCCCGACAAUUGUGCCUUGGAAAAGAUCCGCCACCACCACCUUGAUGACUCCAAGAUGGCCGAUGACUCCUUGGGGUCUCUGGAGGCUGCUGGUGGCUUCCGCGGAUUUGGAAAGCCUGAUCUUCAGGUCAGUAACAAUGCGCUGAUGUUGUGCGACCGCGAUUGGAUCAAAGAUGCCAGUCACAAUGCCCAGGGCCAGGCUGAGGAGGUACUUGAGUCUGCACGUGCCUUCAACAACCGUGGGUCAGGCAAGUUCAGGCUUGGCAUGUAUGCAGCUGCACUGGAAGACUUCGACAAGGCCAUUCAGCUGGAGCCCAACUUUGCAUGGGCCUUGUGCAACCGUGGCUUGGCCAAGAGUGCACUGGAUAUGAAUGAAGCGGCCAUCGAAGACUGCAACAGGGCCCUCAAGCUGGAGCCCAAAUUGACAAAUGCCUUCUACAACCGUGCUUAUGCCAAGUCCGAGAUGGGUAGGCAUCAGGAAGCAAUUGAAGAUUACAACAAGUCCAUCCGACUGAACCCAAGGUCUGAGAGUGCAUACUACAAUCGUGGUCUAGCCAAGUUCAACUUGGGCAUGCACAAAGCGGCGGUGGCGGACUACGGAACGGCCAUGCAGCUGGAUCCCACCAUGGCACGGACCUCAUGCAACCGCGCUGUGGCGAAGUUCCAGCUGCGCCUCUACAACGCUGCGGUGCAGGACUAUGACCGUGCCAUCCGGCAGAGCUGGCAGGACUCGAAGAGCUCAUGUUCGGCGGUGGUCUUUUUCAACCGCGGCCUGGCGGAGGCUCGCCGGGGCCAAUACGAAGCAGCCAUCAGAGACUAUGGGCAAGCGAUUGAGCUGGACCCCAACGCUGGAAUAGCUUUCCAUGGCAGGGCUUCAGCCAAGUUCAAGCUGGGCCACUACGAAGGCGCCCUGGAGGACUACGCCCGCGCCAUCGAGUUGAACCCCUCGGCGAAGGCCUACUAUGACCGGGCCUCCUGCAAGUUCCGCCUGGGCUUGUAUGAAGAGGCCCUUGAAGACUAUGACCAGUCGAUUGAGCAUGACGGGAGCUAUGCAGGUGCCUUUUGCAACCGUGCUUUGGCGAAGCGAAAGCUGGGACGGCACCAAGAAGCUCUUGCAGAUUGGAAGAAGACAGUGGAAUUGGAUCCUCACACCAAUUCUGCAAUGCAGAACCUCUUCCAGGCGCCGGCCGACGCUGCCAGAGGCGCAGAGCGCGUCACAGGAAGGAGCGUCACACGAAGGUCUGAGAUGUCACGAGAUGUCAGGCACUAUCAUUUGCACUAUGAGCUUCAGCAGGCCCAGAAGGAAGAGAAGGAUUCUUUGGCCGAAGCUGCACGGCUUUCGAAAGAGGUGCAGAUGGCCGAACGGGCGUCGAAGUGGCUGGAGAACGUCGAAGAGAACACCAAGAUGCCACUGAGUUUGGAAGAGCGCGAAUGGGUCCAUGCCUGCGGGGGCAGGAACUUCGUGGCGCCCGCGUGGAUCACCGUCACCCAGACGCAGGUGGAGGCCCUCGUGCGUGCGCGGGAGCAACACCCGCGCCCGGUGGCGCUCUUCCCCGAGGCGUCCCCGUCCAAGCAGCAACAAAAGCUUCGGGUGAAGCUGAUCUCUGCCUUCGGUCUGGCCACCAGCACCAUGAGUGGAGUCACGUACUGCACCUGUGAGAUCCCUCUGAAGAAGGAGUCCAAGCUCUUGACCGACCCCGUGGCGCUGGAUUCGAACCCCGAGUGGCGCUUCAGCCGGACGGUGAAAGGCUAUGCUCCGGGCGAUGCGCUCGUCAUGGAGGUCUAUAGCCGCGAUCAGGAGGAAGGGAUGACGCCACGUGCGGACCAGCUGCUUGGCCGUGCCUUCCUGCCCGGUGAGAAGUUCUACCCCAACGGCUUUGAUGGUUUGCUCAACCUCACGCUGGGCCCUCGCCCAACUGGGGCCACGUUGCGAGUGACUGCCUUGGUGUUGGACUGA